UAAAUUGAUAAUAGAUAUAGUAGUGAUAGCACUCGAAAGUAAAUUUUAUAGAAGUUAAAUAUUAUUUAACGUUACAUCUAAAAUAUGGUUCUGUGUAAUAUGAAUUUUAUUUAUUUGUAUGAUCUUAAUUAGUUUUUACUAUUAAAUUAAAAUGUCAGCUGGGGAAGUUGUUAUGGAAGUCCCAACCAGCCUAAAACGCCUUGCACGUUUGGUUGUAAGAGGUUUUUACACGAUUGAAGAUGCACUUAUAAUUGAUAUCUUAGUUCGAAAUCCUUGCAUGAAAGAAGACGAUAUGUGUGAGUUACUUAAAUUUGAAAGAAAAAUGUUAAGACAGCGAAUAUCUAUAUUAAGAAGUGAAAAAUUUUUGCAAACCAGAUUGCGAAUGGAAACUGGAGCUGAUAGUAAAGCACAAAAAGUCAAUUAUUACUUUAUAAAUUAUAAGUCUUUUGUAAAUAUGGUUAAGUAUAAACUUGAUUGUAUGAGAAAAAAAAUGGAAACACAGGAAAGAAAUGCAACAAGUAGAGCAAGCUUUAAAUGUAUUCAAUGUUUUAAAACUUUUACAGAUUUAGAGGCAGAUAUGCUGUUUGACUUUCAGUCUAAUGAAUUUCAUUGUACUUACUGUGGGGAGUUAGUUGAAGAAGAUACUUCUGUACUACCUCAACAAGAUUCUCGUGUUAUGCUAGCUAACUUUAAUGAAAUUAUGGAACCAUUUUACUCAAUUCUUCGUGAGCUUGAUGGGAUACGACUUGCUCCAGAACUUCUCGAACCUGAACCAACCACUAUUCAUGGAUUGGACUCUUCAAACUUACAAAACUCUAAUAACAAACAAAAUAAUAAUAUGGAUCGCUGGGGACCUGAUAAAUUAAGAAAUAUAGAAAAUAACAGCAAUAAAAUGGAAGUUACUAUUGGAGAAGAUGAUCAAGAUAAUCGUCCAGUUAUUAAAGAACGACCAGUUUGGUUAACAGAAAGUACAGUUGUAGAAAAUACAUCAACACGUGAUUCGGUUGAUAUAGACAAUAAAGAUAAUAAUGAAAGUGCUGCUCUUGACUUUACUCCUGAUGUUGACAUAAUGACUGUAUUAUUACAACAUGAAAAACGAGCAGAUCAAACUGAUUUAUCUGGUAAAAAAGAUGCUGAUUCCAGUGAUGAUGAAUCAAAAACUAUUAAAAACGAACCUUCUCUUGGUUCAGGAGUUGAGGAAUUAACUUCUGAAGAAGAAGAAGAUGAAGAUGUUCCUUUAGUAAGUGUUGGUGGUAAACGAGUACCAAUUACAGAAGUAGUAAACAUGACUGAUGCUAUAAGUCAAAUGACACCAUCAGAAAAAGAACAUUACAUUCAAGUAUAUCAAGAUUACUUUUCUGCACUCGAGGAUUAAAUUACUGGAAUUUAACUGUAGAAAGAAGAAAAAAUUUUUUUUUAUAAAUUUAUGUAGCUGUAAUAUAUGAAUAUAUUAUUUUUAUUAUAUCAAA